AUGGAUGAUAGAGAUGCUGCUGGAGUUGCCACUAGAGGAGGGCAAGCAGCGACCCUGAGGGACGCGGGGGAGUGUGCGCGGGAGACGCUGGACCUACCGGGUGCUCGACCCGAGGGACACGGAUCUUACUCUGAGGGACCCGGGAGAGCUGUGCCCGUGGCUCUGCUUUCUCUAUGCUCUGGGCUGCCCCCCCCGCAUGAUAACCCUGAUGCUGCUGGAGUCCCACUGGAGGAGUGGCAGGCGGCGGAUCGGAGGGAUGCGGGGGAGUGUGCGCGGGAGACGGUGGACCUCAUCAACCGCGUGCUCGAGUGUGUAGAUGCUCCUCGAGUCCCCCUUAGAGAAGUGGCAGGCAGCCGACCUGAGGGAUGCGGGGAGUGUGCGCGGGAGACGGUGGACCUCAUCAACUGCGUGCUCGACCUCGCCAAGCUGCAGGCCGGCCGCCUGCAGCUCGAGGCUCUGCCGCUUUUCCUGCCCCGCCUUGUUCAGCAAGCUGUCUGCUUGCUUCCGCACAAGACGCGUGCACUCGGGGUCUGGAAGGUAGGGGUAUGCUUGUUGGAGUGGAAGUGA